GAAGAAUUUUUCUCCUAAUUAUAAGUUGCGGGAAUCAAAUUCAGUCGAGAAACACAAUAUAUCAAACUCAUGUUUUACCACUUCAAAGCACUCAUCAGUGGUUCUUACCCAUGAAGUACAGUGAUACAAACUCUCUAUAGAACAAACUAAACUGUGAUACUAACUGAUAAUCAGAUCACAUCUUCCUAGCUUUGGUGGUUAGGAAUGCGACAUUGCUUCUCUUGCAAUGAUACUUUUGCUCUCCAGUCAGGGGUGAAAAUGAGAGGAGGCCCACGCACGGGUCAGGAAGCUGGAGAAAGAGACGGUCAAAAAGGAAGGGCGUUAAUUAAUGAGAAUGGGAGGUUGUCUGUCAUUUGAUAUUAUACAAUACAAACAUACACUCGUUUCUGGGUCAGAGGGUAAAGGGAAAUAUGAAAGCAUCCGACAGAAACCUUCCCCUUUUGGCUUCUCAUUUUAACUUCUUAUUAUUAUUGCUGCUUUCACCCCUCUCCUCCCAUGGAAAAAGCAUAUCAAAGAUCCCAAUGCCCAAUCAACACACAGAAAAAGCAAGCAAGCAGCUUUGCCAGGAGAGGCCACUGCCAGCCUUAUAUGAUGAGGAGGAGGAGGCCCAUGUAUACAUGUUCAUGCAUCAUAUAUCAGAGCAUCCACUGACCACUAGUACACUUGAUAUUCUUUUUUCACACAUUUCAGUCGUGUGAUUCAUCAUAUAUGUAUCCUCGAUGUCAAUUCUCAUCGACUAAUUAUUCGAGAGGCAGAAAAUAGAUUCAAUACUCAUCUAUAUCAUAUUAAAAUAAAUGGGGACUAAUUUAUUACUGGCAUUGAAGAAAUCGAACCAAACACAUAAAAAACGACGAUUUGAGUACUGGUUCAGGCCACUCGAUGUGAAUGGCGCUAAUCCAUGGAGAAUUUAGGCUCUCUACCUGGAGAUUAUUUUUAUUACUUCUUGCUUGCUCGAACAAGAGGAAGAGCAACACUUAUAUACAAGAUUAAUCACAAACCCUAGUAAACAACACGGAAAAGAGGAAACUUGGAGAACAAGGGCACUGGAAAAAGUAGAAAAACAGUGUCUAAACUAAUGAAACGUAACACGCGCCCUCAAGCGAAAGUAUGUCAAACAUACCGAGUUUGGAAAAGAAGAUGAAGCGAAAUUGUCCACGUCUAGGCCUUUAAUGAAGAUGUCGGCCGACUUCUCGUGGGUGGAAUUGGAAAUCUUGGUCGGGAAAAAUAUCACAAAGAGGAUGCGCUCGAGAACAAAGUGACAAAUCAUUUCCACAUGUUGUAAACACUCUUGGAAGACUAGACUAGCAGCAAUGUGGAAGUAGGGCUGGCAAAUCGGUUGCCGGUUAGCGGUUAGCCGCCGGUUAUAAACGAAAAUCGACUAACCGAAAACCGGCAAAAACCGACCUCAGUCAGUGUUCGGAUGCCUAUCAGAGGGCUCCGGCUAGCCGAAUAACCGGGAAUGAUUAACCGCGACUAACCGGAUAACCGACCCUCACCGAAAAUCCCCUUCUCCCCAUCCCAAAAUCGCAGAAAACCCUUCACCCCCAAAUCAAAUAACCUAAUUCGAAUACCCUCCUCCAUCUCCCCGAUCUCGCGCCACGCCAUGCCGCAUCUCACCUCCGACUCUACCCAGUUCGCCUGCGAACCUCCACCUCUGCAUUCGUCGUCGUCGACAGGCGAGCCUCUGCCUUCGCCCAACUCUUCCCCAACUUGCAUUGCGCCUCCGCCUCUGACUCCAUCUUCAUCGUCGUCGAGUAUCAGUGAAGGCGAGCAUCAACUCCGCCGCCUCUGCUUUGAAGGACGGUCUUCCCCGCGAGAUUGCCUCCGCCUCCACCCAAAUCUCGUCCCUGAUUCAUGUCGCACCUCCGCCUCCACCUCUGGCGUCAACGUGAACAGAGAGAAGCAGCUUCAACGAAAUCUAGGUAGAUUUAUGGCGGUUGUGAGGUUGGAGGAAGGAAUUGACGGGAUUUGAGGGUAGAGAAAUAGAGAUCGUGAAUGGAGAGGGAGUAGGAAUGAUUUUUUGGGGAGAGGUAAGGGAGCAGGAGAUGGGAACAGAGGAAGGAUCGUGAAUGGAGACAAACCGGUGGCCUAUGUUGCGAUUGCCACGGUUAAACCGACCCAGAACCGAAAACCGACCGGUGGUUGGAUAACCGUGACUCCCUUCACGAUCGGUGGUUGGCAUCCAUAGGGGGCGGCUCGGUUUAACCGAUAACCGAGAAAUCGGUUUUCGGUUAAACCGAAACCGUCUGACUGCCACCCAUAUGUGGAAGGCACUUGAUUAUCUCAAUAAAGUGGUGUAGGAGCGGAUGAAGGAAUACCAAGGUCCUUGAGUAACCAAUGCAACCAUAAAACCUCAGUGAUGGUGCUCGUCGUGGUACGAUAUCCAGAUUCUGCAGGUGAGCGAGCAAUCAUAAACUGCUAAACACAAUAACCAGUACUAGAGCAAUGAGUCAUAGAACAACCUUCCCCAUCAGUGUUGAAGUAAGCAACAAGUUCGAGAGAACCACCUGAAAGGAAGAACAUACCAUGAUCAAAAGACUAUUUGAGGUAGCGCAGAAUACGAGUAGCAGCAUCAAUGUAAGCUUGGGUGGGGGCAUGUACUGCCUGACUCAAUAGGUUAACCAAAUAGGUUAUGCCAAGUCUCGUAGUAAUGAGAUAAAGGAGCCAACCAACAGAAGGAGAGGCAAGACGGCCGAACUAAUGGUUCUGCUCAAACGGAGCAAAGCAGGGGUGUGUAGCCUGAAUAUCGGAAUCAACAAGGAUGUCAAAAACUUACUUGUGCUUAUUGAAAAUGACACCUUUCGGGAGAUCGAGCUACUUCAGUACCAUGGAAGUGCUUUGGAUGGCCUAAAUCUUUGAUAGUAAUCGUUGAUGAAAAACCAUCCUUAAAUGAAAGUCAUGCAAUUAUCAAAUAAAAUGACGUCAUUGCUGUAGAUUAAGAAAAAAUCACAAGAAUCAUGAAUUAAGAUUGAGUGAUCAGCUCGAUUCUCCCCCCCCCCCCCCCACACCAAAAAAAAGCUCAUGUAUCGCCUCUAAAAACUUUUGAUAUUUUUUUUGGGAAGCCUUCGGUAAUCCAUAAAUAAAUUUAUGCAAUUUAUAGAUGGGGUGUCAUCAUUAGCCGAAAACCCUUCUGAGAUAAUUAACUAUGUACACUUCCUCGUAAAGGUCGCCAUGAAAGAAGGCAUUGUUAACGUCAAGCUGAUGAAGGAAUCUACAUUUCUUCAUGACAAUAGCUAUAAGGCAAUGUACAAUAACAAGCUUUCCAUUUGGAGCAAAUGUAUCGUGAUAAUCGAUUCCUUCAACUUGAGUGAAACCUUUGACAAAUAGGCCUUUAUAGCGCUCGACGGAUCCAUCUGGCUCGCAUUCAAGUUUAUAAACCCAUUUAAGCAAUAGUUCUCUUCCCAAGUUGUAUUUAAACUAGGGUCUAGUUGUGAUUUCAGUUCCAUGGCCGAGAUCUCCAUACGUAUGGCUACCUGCUAAUUCUCAGACCAAACUGCCUGGUGAAAGUACUUAGGCUCAUCCAUAUUAGAAAUGUUGGCAAUGAAAGCUUGAUGCUUUUAUGAGAGUCGGCAUAAGCCACAUAAUUAGAGAUUGGAUAUGUUACAUGAGAUGAGGAAGCAUAAUUGGGAAGAUAAACAUCAAAUAUGGAAUACCGCUACAGAAGUCGGAAUAACAAAUACUGCACCCAAACCGGUAGGUAAUUUUAACGAUAUGAAAAGGUUGAACCAUGAUUUUAGUACACAAUACCCUAUGACUCCCUUUUCAUGAACAAACUCCGCUACGAUUU